AUGAGAUCCCUGAGUUUCAUAGAUUCAUGGGUUCAAACAUGUUCCGUGUUCAACGGAUCUUCGUCAUCGUCAUUCGUCGGAUUGAUCUGCAAAACGCCGAUGAAAUGCAGUAAACCCAAUUUCAAAAUUCAUCCGAGAUCCAGAGUUUCUUCUUCUUCUUCUUCGUGUUUCUCUGUUUCUGCUGUGAUUACCAAGGAAGAACAGGAAACUGUCAGUGAAAUCUCGUCGGAUUGCUUCAAUUUCAAGGCGUACAUGGGGGAGAAAGCUGUUCGGGUUAACAGAGCGCUUGAUGAAUCCAUUUCCAUUAAAACGCCACCAACAAUCCAUGAAGCUAUGCGUUACUCUCUCCUCGCCGGUGGGAAGCGUGUGAGGCCCAUUCUCUGCAUCGCCGCUUGCGAGCUCGUCGGAGGUGACGAAUCCACCGCCAUGCCUGCCGCCUGCGCUGUUGAAAUGAUACACACCAUGUCGUUGAUUCACGACGACCUUCCGUGCAUGGAUAACGACGAUUUUCGCCGGGGGAAACCUACAAACCACAAGGUUUACGGCGAAGACGUGGCGGUCCUCGCCGGCGACUCUCUCCUCGCCUUCGCUUUCCAUCACAUCGCAAGCGCCACCGUCGGCGCGUCUCCUGAACGCGUUUUGGCCUCUGUCGGAGAACUGGCGAAGUCGAUUGGGACUGAAGGGUUGGUCGCGGGUCAAGUGGUGGACAUAGCUUCAACAGGUGCAAAGGACGUCGGACUGGACCAGCUUGAGUUCAUCCACAUCCACAAGACGGCGGCGCUACUGGAAGCAGCCGUCGUAUUGGGAGCAAUAUUAGGUGGAGGAAGCGACACCCAAGUGGAAAAGCUGAGAAAGUUCGCGAGAUGCAUUGGAUUAUUGUUUCAGGUGGUUGACGACAUAUUAGACGUCACCAAGUCGUCGGAGGAAUUGGGGAAAACCGCCGGAAAAGAUUUACUCGUAGACAAGAUGACUUACCCGAAACUAAUGGGACUUGAGAAAUCACGGCAGUUCUCGGAGGAGUUGUUGGCGGAAGCUAAACAGCAGCUUGAAGGGUUUGAAUCAUACAAGGGGGUGGCGCCGCUGGUGGCUCUGGCGGAGUAUAUAGCAUACCGGCAGAAUUGA